AUGGUAACAGUGGCCCUCGCCGGAGCCACCACAGGCCUAGGCCUAACCUUCCUGCACACCUUCCUUCACCUCAACGCGCAAGACCAAGAACACAAGAUCGUCCUCCUCUCCCGAUCAGAGCAGCCCGAAUUCUCCGCCUUGGGCGUUGACCUUCGCACAGUCGACUACGCUGACCACGCCGAACCCGUGAAGGCGCUCCAGGGUGUCCACACUGUCCUCUCCCUGAUCGGCGGCCAACUCGAUGGUCGCCAUAAUCCUCAGCUCGACUUACUCAAAGCCGCCAAGGAGGCAGGGGUACAGCGCUUCGCGCCGAGCGAGUAUGCUGGCAAUGGGUAUGAGGGAGUGGAAAUGUACCGACCUAAGGCGGAAGUCUGGAAAGCUGUGAGGAAGUCUGGGAUUCCGGAGUAUACUCGCUUCAAUUGUGGGUUGUUCAUGUCUGUGCUGGCGACGGGGACCCCGAAGGAGGCAGACGGGAGAACAGAAGCCUUGGCAGGGUUGAGGCCGUGGAACUUUGUGCUGAAUAUGAGGGCUGGCACUGCGGAUUUGGCGGGGGACGGGAGCGCGAAGAUGGUGUUGACUGACACAAGGGAUGUUGCGCGGUUCGUCUAUAGGGCGCUCGAGCUGGAGAGAUGGCCCGAGCAUCUGGGAAUGCAAGGCGAUGUCGUGUCCUUCCAGGAAUUGGUCGGGAUGCUCGAGGACGUGCAGGGUCGUAAGUUUUCGGUUAAGGAGAAUGACUUGGACGUUCUGCUUGAUGAAGCUGCGAAAAACCCAAGCAAGGCCUUGUACAAUCAGGCCAGAGUCGCGCUUCAGAAAGGGUGGGCUAUGGUCGGAGACGAUCUGAACAGGGCAUUCCCUGAUGUGAAGCCUGUGAAAGCUCGGCAGUUCAUCGAGAAGUGGUGGAGCGGCUUGGAAUUGGAAGAGCCAGCAUGGGUGGACAACAAGAUCUUUGGGCAGAGAGACUUCGAUAACGCAAAGACCAAGUAG